ACCUACCCACCCCUUGCACGAUCUGACAACAGUGUUUCUUCACUGUCAGUACACAGCAGACGCAGUGCUCCGUGCCGCUUGGCACUUCGUUUCAAGGCCAAUAAACCAUGAUGUUAUGAGGGUCUGACAAGUCAGGCUGUUGCAAGUCAAGUUGUUAAAUGAUUCCAUUGAUGUGUCCAUCUGGUGUCCUAGCAAAUCGAUGAUGGGGACCUGCAGUGGGCUGUUGACCCUGGUGGAGGGCAGGUGAGUGCAGCUUGACAGCAAGAGGCCCGGGGCUUGUUGAGAGCAAGCAAGAGAGAGGGGAGAACGAGAGGGAGCGUGUGUGUGUGUGUGUGUCUGCGCGUCAGCGAGAGCGGGAGAAGGACUGAGCGAUGGGGAACACCGCCACCAAGUUCCGCAAGGCGCUGAUGAGCGGCGACGAGGGCCUGGCGUGGCAGCUGUACGAAAGCAACCCGCAGUUCAAGGAGUCGCUUGACCCCAACGCGUCCUACGGCGAGCCCUACCAGCACAACACGCCGCUGCACUACGCCUCCCGGCACGCCAUGACACGCCUCAUCAGGUCCUUUCUCUUCUGCAAGGACGGCAACCCCAACAAGCGCAACGUGCACAACGAGACGUCGCUCCACCUGCUGUGCAUGGGCCCCCAGAUCCUGCUGGCCGAGGGGGCCCUGCAGCCGCGGCUCCUGCGUCCACUCCAGGACGAGCAGCGGCGGGCCGACUGCCUUCAAAUGGCGCUCAAGUGGACCGGCGCCAAGCUGGCCGCUGGCGAGUAUGAGCGGGCCGACGUCAAUGCCGCCGACAACCGCAAGAGCACGUGCCUGCACUACGCCGCUGCCGGGGGCAUGAAGACCUGCGUGGAGCUGCUGGUGAAGAGUGGUGCAGACCUGUUUGUGGAGAACGAGGAGCGUGAGACGCCGUGCGACUGUGCCGAACGGCAGCAUCACAAGGAGCUGGCCCUCAGUCUGGAGUCGCAGAUGGUCUUCUCUAAGGACCCUGGCGCCCAGGACAUCGAGGCUGAGUACGCCGCACUGGACCGCCGGGAGCCGUAUGAAGGGCUGAAGCUGCAGGAACUGCGGCGCUUGAAGGACAUGCUGAUAGUGGAGACGGCGGACAUGCUGCAGGCGCCGCUCUUCACGGCCGAAGCUUUGCUGCGAGCGCAUGACUGGGACAGGGAGAAGCUUCUGGAAGCUUGGAUGUCCAACGCCGAAGACUGCUGCCAGCGCUCGGGGGUCCAGAUGCCCACGCCGCCCCCUAGUGGCUACAACGCCUGGGACACCCUGCCCUCCCCCCGCACCCCGCGCACCACCCGCUCCUCCGUCACCUCGCCCGAUGAGAUCAGUCUUUCCCCAGCCGAGGACGGCCUUGCUCUGUGUGGGAUCUGCAUGUGCAGCAUCUCUGUGUUCGAGGACCCGGUGAACAUGCCCUGUGGACACGAGUUCUGUCGAGCAUGCUGGGAAGGGUUUUUGAACCUGAAGAUUCAGGAGGGUGAAGCACACAACAUCUUCUGCCCAGCCUAUGACUGCUUCCAGCUGGUUCCAGUGGAGGUCAUAGAGAGUGUGGUUUCCAGGGAGAUGGAUAAGCGCUACCUUCAGUUUGAUAUCAAGGCGUUUGUAGAUAAUAACCCUGCCAUCCGCUGGUGCCCCGUGGCCCGCUGCGAGCGGGCGGUGCGCCUCACCAGGCCCAGUCCUGCCUCCUCUGACCCCCUCAGCUUCCCCCUGCUGCGCGCCCCUGCUGUGGAUUGUGGGAAGGGUCAUCUAUUCUGCUGGGAGUGUCUGGGUGAGGCCCACGAGCCGUGUGACUGUGAGACGUGGAAGCUGUGGCUACAGAAAGUCACCGAGAUGAAGCCAGAAGAAUUGGCUGGCGUAAGCGAGGCUUACGAAGACGCUGCCAACUGCUUGUGGUUACUCACCAACUCCAAACCCUGUGCCAACUGCAAGUCGCCCAUCCAGAAAAAUGAAGGCUGCAAUCACAUGCAGUGUGCCAAGUGUAAGUAUGACUUCUGCUGGAUCUGUCUGGAGGAGUGGAAGAAGCACAGCUCCUCCACAGGUGGAUACUACCGCUGCACACGCUAUGAGGUCAUCCAGCAGGUGGAGGAGCAGUCCAAGGAGAUGACUGUGGAGGCAGAGAAGAAGCACAAGAGCUAUCAGGAACUCGAUCGCUUCAUGCACUAUUACACACGCUACAAGAAUCAUGAACACAGUUACCAACUGGAACAGCGACUCCUUAAAACAGCCAAAGAGAAGAUGGAACAACUGAGCCGUGUUUUCAUGGGAAGAGAGGGCUCUCCUCCAGACACUACGUUCAUUGAAGACGGCGUACAGGAACUCCUCAAGACCAGACGCAUUCUCAAGUGCUCUUAUCCAUAUGGUUUCUUUCUAGAACCCAAAAGCACAAAGAAAGAAAUAUUUGAACUUAUGCAGACGGAUCUGGAGAUGGUUACAGAGGAUCUUGCACAGAAAGUCAACAGGCCUUACCUCCGCACCCCUCGCCACAAAAUCAUCAGUGCCGCCUGCCUGGUGCAGCAGAAGAGGCGUGAGUUUCUGGCCUCGGUGGCCCGGGGUGUGGCCCCCAACGACUCGCCAGAGGCCCCACGCAGGAGUUUUGCCGGUGGAACGUGGGACUGGGAGUACCUAGGUUUUGCCUCACCUGAGAUGCUGAGGGAUCCCUCCGUUGUGGGAGGGACCGGACACAGUGAGGGCUAUGAACACGUGGGAGGACAGCCGCAGGAAUACUCUGAGUUCCAGUACAGACGCAGACACCGGCAGCGUCGGCGAGGCGACAUGCUCAGUCUCCACAGUCUGCGGAGCAACACACCUGACCCCAACGAAUCCAGUGACAGCACUUUAGAUGGGCCAGAAGGAGGUGGAAGCAGACGACGCCUCAACGUCUCAACAGCACUUGGUUCUCUCGAUGAGGACGACCCCAACAUCCUGCUGGCCAUCCAGUUGUCCCUCCAGGAGUCCGGAAUGAGCACGGACACGGACCCUCAGGACAGCCUGAGCGGCGAGGCCUCGCUGGGGGCCAUCGGCUCGUCGCUGCCCUCGCGUCUGGACCCGGCGCCGCACGCCCUGGAUCUCCCGCGCGCCUCCCUCAGCAGCUCGCAGCUCCUGGAGCUGGGCGACAGCCUCAUGCGGCUUGGCGGACUGACCGACGCGCUCAGGCCUUACGGGGACUCCUCGUCCGCCUCCUCCUCCCUCGCCCCCGGACUCACCACCACCACCGCCACCACCACGACCUCCGUCAGCGUCUCGGACCCCUUCUCCCCCAGCGACCCCGACUGUUUGGACCCCUCGGCCAACGCCAACCUGCUGGGCAACAUCAUGGCCUGGUUCCAUGACAUGAACCCGCAGAAAAUUGCACUGGUGCCCACGGACGACUCCGCUGACCCACUCCCGUUGGAUGAGGCCGAGCCCCAGCUCCAGGAAGAGGCCUCCGAGGUGCCCACGCAGCGGCAGCAGCAGCCCCAGGACGAGGAGACUGGCACGGGCAAGGAGGAGGAGGAGGAGGAGGAGGUGGAACUGUGGCCGCCCUGCCCAGCCCUGGAGGAGACGGGGGGGCUGGUGCUGCAGAGGCCUGACCUGCUGGAGCUGGGCUGUGUGGAGGACGAGUGUUUGCCCAGCGCCACCAAGCUGACCAUGGAGGUGGGCGUCGCACUCACGCCACCAGACACAGAGGGCUCUGCCCCGCCCCAAAAGCAGGAAGAGGACCAGGAGGAGGAGGAAGAGGAGAAGGAGGAGGAGGUGGUGGUGAAGGAGGAGGAGGAGGAGAAGGGGGAUGGGUGUCGUCGUGACAAUACCCACCCCACAGAGCUACCCUCUGAGUGGGAGGAGCAGGUGCACCUUGUGUGAGGACAGACACACACACACACACACACACACACACACACACACACACACACACACACACACACACACACACACACACACAAGCACUUACUGAUAACUUACACAUCUUUACCUAGUCUUGAGGGCUCCUCACACAACCAGACUCUAACAGUCAACACUGCAUUUACAAGAGGAAGGAAAAGAGCACAGUGCCAUGGGGUUCCACUGAAGCCGCUAAAAGUGGAUGUGACUUCCACUGCCUGGUUUAAAAAAAAAAGAAAAAAUUUAAAAAAAGGUUGUAACAGAGUGUUGAAAAAAAAAAAAAAAGAAUGUCAAGGAAUGUUUGGAAGAAGCGGUAAGUUCCUCCUCUUUUAGGCCCUGUGAUGCUGGUCUGAGGUAGUUUCUUUGUUAAUCAUAAUUGUAGAGAGAAGGGGAAAAAAGCCACAUCUCCACUAAGGAGACGUUUGCUCUUUUUGGUGGUGAUGGCGGUGGGUGAGAGAAACAGGAUUGCUUAUUUUAAUUGAGAAUGCAUCAAUGAAAUCUUUCAGGUCACUCAAGAGAAGUACUUCGGUCUCCAGACUCGAGCGGAAAAAAACCCCGAGAAAAACAAAAAAAACAACCUUGCUAAUACUGACUUUAAUUGAAGUGGUCUCAGGCAGCCAUUCAUAAAGCCUUAAUAAACGCUUAACAAGAUAUUAUAACAGUUGCCACAAGUAUGCAGCGCUAACCUACCGUCGGCAUCAGUCUACAAAAGCCAGGCUGAUGCACUGUUUUAUACUUUAGUGAUUCUUUUUUUUCCCACCUUCAAACAGCUUCUGAAGUCCUUUGCUUAGGAGUGGGUGUUCCAUGUCUUAGGCAUGCUUGUAGCGUGUUAUAAGAUACUCAACAGUGUUUUUUCAGACGCUUUAUGAAUGGUUACAGUGGAGCACCUUGAGUUAAAGUACUGCUCAUGUUCUCAUCCUGUGCUCUCCCUUAUGUUGGAUUUUAGUAUUUUACAGAUAUGUUUUUUUUUUUCUCCAUCACAAGUAUGAUGAUACCAGUCAUGUACCUGUGUGUGUGUGUGCGUGUGUGCGGUUGGGAAUUGGUGUGUUAGAGGUAUGGGUGAUGUGAAUGAAAUAGAAGGAGACUGGUGUGAGUGUGCGCGUGUGUGUGUGUGUGCAUGUCAGAGAAAGAGAGAGGAGAUGUACUUGUGUGUGUCUGCGCGCAUGCUGCUUGAGAGGGUUUAAAUGGGUUAUACCCCUCCAGCUUGCUAGGAUGUCACUCCUUCAACAUUUCGGCCCUUCCACCCCCCCCCACAACAUCCCUCUAUCAUGCAGCCUUGAUAAACGUGUCAUAAGCAUAUCAAAGCAUUUAAAAUCACACCUUAAUCCUGUUGGUGCAUGUGGGAAGCACCUGGCUGUCUGAAGUAACCUCUUCUUAAGCUAAGCUAAGUUUAUGACUUAAGAGAGGCCUGCUGACCGAGCUUGUUAAGUAAAGUGUUAAGAACUCUUUUUAUUGUUUGUUUUUUUAUUUUAUUUUUUGCCAAGGCCAGAUUGAAGAAACACUACAAACAGUGCUGCAGGAACAGCGGUUUAUGACACAAAUUGUGCCUAGUUCUUUUUUGCUGAGAGCCAAUCAAACUCUACCCGCACCCAGAUGUCCCCCAUUAUUAUCCUGUUUUCCUUUUUAUACUAUUCUCUUUUAUUUUAUUCAGUGCUAACCGAGAUGUGUUGCGCAUAAUAACCUUAUAACGGUUCCCCUCCUUAAACCGAAGAGGGUAAAUGCAUACUGAUAUGUUAGUGAAUUUUAUCUCCCUUUUGCCACUCUUUUCUCUGAUGUACUGUAUUCACCCAUAGUAAAUGGAAACAUGAGGAUGUCUCUGGAGUGCGUGUGGUGGGUUGGGGAACAAUUUUUGCUGCUCUUCAGACAUGCUUAUAAGGCUGUACCCAUAAGCGUGCCUUUAUUUCUACUGUCCUCAAAGUAGGCUCCUUAUCGCCUCCUCUAAUAACCUGUCCCGAUAACGUGGGAAUGAAAUGGACUUGGCCACGUCAUGCUGAACGCAGAUACUCAAUUGAGUAUUGAAAAUGAUAUUCUCCCCCCUUUCCAUUUUGUCGUCUCACUGUAGCAUAGUAGCAUUUCUAAUUUCAUUAUUUGUAGGCCAUUACGUUCACAUUUUUAUAGCUUUUUGGUUAGAAUGAGCCAACUGAUGGCCCACCACAGACACAUUCAUAUAUAGCAACUCUAGUUUUGGUCUGGUUGAUUUUUACUGCAGAAGCCGGCAUACAGUUAUCUGAUCUAGCGAGGACAUUAAAGAAUAAGUGCUUUUUAAAAGAAGUAGUUUAAUUUAACUUAAUUUAAAAUAAUGUAAAAUGUAUAGGUAAUAAGACAUUAUACUUUGCUUUAUUUAUUUACAACAACUGAGUUCCCUUCUCUAUUUGAUUUUUUUUAAAGUAAAUAUAAUAUUUGUCUAUGUAUAAUGAUUCACAUAUUGUUUUCCAAAUCAGUGUGUCCUAGAACUGCAGUAGGGACAGUUUUGCACCACGUUUGGUUGGAGUGCUCAUCUUAGAGCUGGUAAACUUUGAGAGUUAUUUUAUUUUAUUUUAUUUUAUUUUCUCAUUCUGUGUCACUGGUUGGAUUUCAGCAGCUGCGUUCAUCCUUCAACCAGAUGUUGUGCCCAGGGAAGGAAAAGAGGGAUUGCAGUACUUACCUGCUACUUAAUUUAAAUUAAGAGGUAAUGGCAGUGGCAUAUUUUACAAAUCCAUUAACAUUUUUUUUCAUCUUUAGGCAAAUCAUUAACCUUGAAUUUGUCAUUUGCACUUUCAUAGACUAUACUUGAUACAUUCCCAGUUUAUAUUAAAGUAAGCAAUUUUUGAUGUGUGGCCAUUAUGUGAAAGUACCAGUAAAGGUUUACUCUAAUGAAAAACCAA